CAAACUUCCUGGAUAACAUGCUUUUGCGAAGUUCUGGAAAAUUAAGUGUGGGCACCAAGAAAGAGGAUGGUGAGAGUACAGCUCCCACCCCUCGUCCGAAGAUCUUGCGUUGUAAGUGCCACCACCAUUGUCCAGAAGACUCAGUCAACAAUAUUUGCAGCACAGACGGAUACUGUUUCACAAUGAUAGAAGAAGAUGAUUCUGGGAUGCCUGUGGUCACUUCAGGAUGUCUAGGACUAGAAGGCUCGGAUUUUCAGUGUCGGGACACUCCCAUUCCCCAUCAGAGAAGAUCAAUUGAAUGCUGCACAGAACGGAACGAGUGUAAUAAAGAUUUACACCCUACACUCCCUCCACUGAAAAACAGAGACUUUAUUGAUGGACCUAUACACCACAAGGCUUUACUGAUAUCUGUGACUGUCUGUAGUUUGCUCUUGGUCUUUAUCAUUUUAUUCUGUUACUUCAGGUAUAAAAGACAAGAAACCAGACCUCGGUAUAGCAUUGGGCUAGAACAGGAUGAGACAUACAUUCCUCCUGGAGAAUCCUUGAGAGACUUAAUUGAACAGUCUCAAAGCUCAGGAAGUGGAUCAGGGCUCCCUCUGCUGGUCCAAAGGACUAUAGCUAAGCAGAUUCAGAUGGUGAAACAGAUUGGAAAAGGUCGCUAUGGGGAAGUUUGGAUGGGAAAGUGGCGUGGCGAAAAGGUAGCUGUGAAAGUAUUCUUCACCACGGAGGAAGCCAGCUGGUUCAGAGAGACAGAAAUAUAUCAGACAGUGUUGAUGAGGCAUGAAAAUAUUUUGGGGUUCAUUGCUGCAGAUAUCAAAGGGACAGGGUCUUGGACACAACUGUACCUAAUCACAGACUAUCAUGAAAAUGGGUCCCUCUAUGAUUAUCUGAAGUCCACCACCCUAGAUACUAAAUCAAUGCUGAAAUUAGCCUAUUCUUCUGUUAGUGGCUUAUGUCACUUACACACGGAAAUCUUUAGUACUCAAGGCAAACCAGCUAUUGCCCAUCGAGAUCUGAAAAGUAAGAACAUCCUGGUGAAGAAAAAUGGAACUUGCUGUAUAGCUGACCUCGGCCUGGCUGUUAAAUUUAUUAGUGAUACAAAUGAAGUUGACAUACCACCCAACACUAGAGUUGGCACCAAACGCUAUAUGCCUCCUGAAGUGUUGGAUGAGAGCUUGAAUCGAAAUCACUUUCAGUCCUAUAUCAUGGCGGACAUGUACAGUUUUGGACUCAUCCUUUGGGAGAUUGCUAGGAGAUGUGUAUCAGGAGGUAUUGUAGAGGAAUACCAGCUUCCCUAUCAUGACCUGGUGCCCAGUGACCCCUCGUAUGAGGACAUGAGAGAGAUUGUGUGUAUUAAGAAGCUACGUCCCUCGUUCCCCAAUCGGUGGAGUAGUGAUGAGUGCCUACGGCAGAUGGGGAAACUCAUGACAGAGUGCUGGGCUCACAACCCUGCAUCUCGGCUGACAGCCCUGCGCGUGAAGAAAACACUGGCCAAAAUGUCAGAGUCCCAGGACAUUAAACUCUGAUUUGAAG